GCCCACGCCAGCCCCGCAGGACGACAGCUCUCCCACUUGCUCCACGAUCGACCACCGACCUCUCUUAAGAGGAGCAGCAGCCGCAGCAGCAGCAGCAGCGUGACCGGCCGGCCGAGGUAAGGCAGCGGCGGCGGCAGCAGCCGCGAGAGGGGGCGCCUCCGCCUCCUCCGCUCAUCGGCUGGGCCUGAUGUGAAUAUGCAAAUAGGCGGCCUGCCCGACACGUGUCUGCCCGCCCCUCCCUCUCCCCCCCCCCCGCAGGGUCCUCGGCUCAGCCAUGCUCGGCUCAGGGCGCUACUGCCUUGCAAAGCCGGAGCGGCAAGCGGGUGUUUGUUUGUUUAUUCGCUCAUUUGCAUGUUGGAGUGCAGGGAGGCGGAGGUGUGAGGGCCCGUGAGAUGACAGGAGAAUCAUGCGACAAAUUAAAUGUGAUGGUGGUGGUGAUCCCUCCUGGGUGAGGAUCUGAUGCAGAGGAGGCGGCUCCCCCCUCUUUUUAAUACCCCCUUUGCUGUUGAUUGAGGUGGGGGUGGUUUGGCAUCUUUUUUUAUGGUGACGAUGACGAUGAUUUCAGCCCUUCUCUGGAGGGAAAGGUGGUCACUUUGAAAAUGCCAGGUGGGGAGAAAGUUGAGGCACUUGGCACCCCGAGAAUUACAUUGCCACCUCCCCCACCCUCUUGAUUGCCCUGCAUUGCUUGCUCAUGAAUUAGGGCUGCUUGGAUUCUCCAAGAAAUAAAACUAAGCCUGUUCCAUUUUUUAGAGGAGGCAGCUUUUAUUUCACAGGAUGCCUGUUUUUUGCUCAUUGACAUCCCCUGAAAUUCUGUUUUGUUCCUUUUGCUACUUUCUUCAGCUACGUUUUAAGAAAAGGCCGUUCGCAAAGCAGAUCCUGGAGCAGCCGUGGGGAUCGGGCGCUUCUCAGUGGCUGGGUCUGAAUUCUGGUUUGAGCGAGCGCACGCUCUGAGCCUCUUCUUCUGAGCCUCCAGGCUGUUUUACUUGCAAAAGGGGGAACAAGCAAGGAAGCAGCGAUUAUGAGCAGAAUUAAAUAGGAGGAAAUGGGAGGAAUGCAGCUGGAAGAGUAAAUAUUUUUUUCUCUGUAGCAGAUUUCGGAGCUUCUAAAAGAAUCCCGAUUCUUCCUCCCUUUUCCUGCCUGUCUUCCUGAUGAAACUUCCUUGCCUGGUGUGCCCCCUCCCUAAUCUAUUUUAAAGCCACGCAAGAGACCCGGAGAACCCUUCUCACUGCUGUCUCCUUUGGAGGAUUCAAACCCCCCCCCCCACACUUUAAAAAAGGAAAAUACCAGUCCCAACUGAACUCCUGGUUCUUGGAUAAAUUAAAAGCAAGAAUGGCUGACUAACCAUCAGUGAAGGGAACAGAAAUGGAAAGAAAAUACCACCUUUUGUGGAAGUAAAAGAGGGACCAGUGCACAUGCCGAAAUCCCCUCACCAGCCUAAUUUUUCUGACCCUAAAACUAAUAAUUGCUACUUCUCUGCCUGCACGACCACUCCAUGUUCUCCCCUGUGCCUUCUUGACACAACCACCUAUUUCUUGUGUUCCUGAUCAGCCUUGCCUUGCCUCCCAUGCUCAAGGUCUGGGUGGCGGGGGAUGCAUUCUCAGGUGGCUUCUAUCUCAUGUGCCACCAUGUUGAUUUCUGGGUUCCACCAUGGCUUAAGCGUGGUACUUGAAGGGCCUGUCAGGGCAGGCCAAAGAGCAGGUCGGCAGAGCAUUGAGCCAGCUUAGCUGUUGCAGCAGUUGCCUCUGGUGCUAAGGGCUCUCCCUUCGGUGCACCUGGGGGGUGCUGUGCACGGACCGCAUCCUGCUUUCCCCAGGCCUGGCUCUUGUGUGCCAAAAAAGAAGAAAGGCAGGGAUAAGGUCUGUUGUUAUUUAUCAGCCCAAGGGGAUGAUUAGGCCUCGGUUACCAUCUACAAAUCAGGAGCCUGGUGUCUCCUGCCUGGGCACUCAUUGCCAAUUUGUUCCUAUUAGAUGGCCGAGCCCGGAGGUGUCUGAUGAUGAGCAGAUUGGGUCUUUAUCUCGGCAGCGGCAAGGCUGGAGAGGAGGCCAGCAAACAUCGAGGCAGCGCAGCCCUUGCAGAUUUGGGGUCUGUGAUUUGUUGGACUUGCUGAGGAUGGCAGCUUCUUUGCCUACAUUGGGAAGGGAAUUUCUGGGCCAAAUCUAGUUCCAUCCAUGUCUCCCCAAUAAAUAUGAUGGGA